AAUACCGGCCUGCAAGAAUUUUGACAAUGUGACAAUGUCACAAAAAGCAUGAAACACCUAUUUUGAAAAUAACCUAUACAAUUUAAUUAAUUUGUAAUACAUUUAGCUGAAUCUUGAAUCAACAAAACAUGCAUACGAUUGGGUUGCCGCGCACAUGCCUCGGGUUUACAAACAUAUUGUUCUUUAUGUUCGGUCUGAUCGGGUUUGUGAUUUGCGUGUGGUGCGCAUUCAACACUGAAUUCUUCCGAGAUGUGAACUACACGGUGACGAAGAGCUCGAUGGUCGACGUUGUCGCCAAGUUCGUGAACAUGAAGCUGUGGCUGACGCCUCUCACCUCGAUACUGAUCCCAGUGGCCAUGCUAGCCAUGAUGACGUCAUGCUGCGGAGUGCUCGGCGCCGGCUGCAAAGUCAAAUGCGCGAUAAAAACAUACGUAUUCCUCGUCAGUGUAUUAUCUCUGAUCGCUUUUUGGUUGUUCUUCAUAACUGGAGUAUACAACAUUUAUUCCAAUAACGACAGCACGCGAAAAUCUAUGAGACAAUCUAUACACAAAUACUAUGGGAAAGAAAACGAUUUGAUUACGUACAUGUGGGACUACAUAAUGGUGAAGCACCAGUGCUGCGGUGCCGAUAGUUACAGAGAUUUUUCUAAAAGUCAUUGGCAGACAUUGAACCCUAAGAAAAUAUAUCCGAUCCAGUGCUGUAAGCUCGCUAACAUAAGUAGCCUCGUGCCUGUGUCUAAGGAUUGCUCCGAGAGUCUCGAUCCCAAUAUACAAUCGAACAAAGAUAUGGGAUGUUUCAACGCUUUGCGCUCAGCUAUUCUCAUGAACAAAGGGAAAAUAAUCUUCUAUAUCAUUCUUAUAGCUUUCGUUUAUACGAUAUUGACUACAUUCGCGUACUGCAUUAUUCGUGGGGAGCCUUUGUUGGGGUCAAUGGCUGGACAGUUCACAGAGCUACUGCCUUCGAAAGCUCGUGAAGGGGUGAAUAUGAUUAUUCCAACGCCUGCGUCUCUUAACGACAUGGUGUAUGUUGAGGAGCCGCCUAAGAAAGUAGUGAAGGUAGUUUCGGCUGCAAACCCCUUCCAGUCGUACAAGUUUACUCCGAAUGCGUACAAUCGUCCUGAAGAUUUUCGUGCACAUACCAUGAGAACGUAGUUGUAUAUAUUAUUCAAUAUAAAUUUUCAAUUUA